AUGGCAAAAAUAGCUGACCUAAGGCCUUAUCUCUGAUUAUUCCUCAUCGAAGAGCGAAUUAUUGAUUUAUCUUCUCGUGUGGAACAGGGGGAUAAAGGAUCACGAAACGUCUAACACACUUAUUAUGCCAAACCAGUAAAACAAAAGUCUGAAAACGAUUACUCCUACGGCACUCUGUAGCACCACAGCCAGGGUUGCUUUUGAAUUCCAUAAUAUUGCGACGCAUAAUCUAUACAUUGUUUAUGGGCCACGCCUUUUUUUUGUAAGUUUUUUUUUCUUCUACGUUCUAAUAUAUUUUUUUCCAUUGCAGGAUUAUUGUCCCAAAGUAAAGAACAUUGUUCUUUUGGACUCCAAAGGGAAACGCGUGGCUGCCAAGUAUUGCACAGAUGAUUGGCCAACUUUUUCUGCGAAGUUAGCCUUUGAGAAAUCUGUAUUUACCAGAACUCAGAAGACAAAUGCACAGACCGAAGGUGAGAUGACAUUUCAGACGUGAUUCUGCCAGUCUUUACUAUAUGGAGAAGAAAUGUCAAAGUAUCUAUCAUUAGAUAGUGCCACCCAUUGUCAGAAUCAAGAACUUAGCACCACGCCAAAACUCAAAUUGAAUGCAAGAGCUUUCAUCGUCGCUUGUAUCCACCCUGGUUUAGUUGUCACGGGGUGAAGUUCUACCCGCGUGACAUCAGAACCAAGACAAGUUAGCCACGUUGAACUCGACGCCCGUAUUAGAUCACUGAUCACCAGUCGGUAGCCCUUACCUGGUCUCAAACAUGAGAUUUCAUGACGAGCUCAGUCCAAUUCAUGGAUACUUCCAUUCAGUUUUGACAUGCUGCCGUGAUUUUUCAUUUCGCGUCUUUCGAUAUUUGGGAGAGAGAAGGCCUAAUCGAAAACUGGGACUGGAUUUUGAGACGUUUACACAGUAGCUGCCAGUCUAAAGCAUUUUUCUGCUGUUGUAAUUUACGAAAAACUCGCUAGAUUUCAGAACGAAUAAAAUACCCAUAUUGAAAUAAUAAUCUAAUUUCUCGAUGUCAUUUUGUGGUUUGAAAUAUCAUGCAAACAUUUUAGAACGAAAAUUAAAUAAAAUAGCCAUAUUUUAUUUAAUUUUCACCAGUCUUUGAUCAAGAAAACUGGUGUUGAACUUCCAGACAGCAUAAAAAGACGAUACAGGGUUCUAAUUAAACUAAUUUUAUUCAUUAAAGUUGAUUUCAACCCCGACCGCCCUUUUGUAGAAUAUUAUUUGUGUUAUUUUGCUCAUUCUUCAACUCUCUGUGGUCAAUUUUCCUAUUACUUCUAUCUGAAAUCUGGAAUAACGACGACCAGCGACCUCUUCGAUAUGGGCUUUGAUAAGUCAGGAAUACUCCAUCAUCCAAUGUCCAGAAAUUGUUUAGGGUAGCUGAUUCUUUUAGAUUAGUUGAUGUCCGCCCGGAUAAAUCUCAUUUAAAUCCUUCGUUAUCCAUAAGUUGAGCUCUACCUGAUGUAUGGGACGAGGCUGAUAUUGUAUUAUCUAUUUUAUCGAUUAUUAAGUUUAUUAUUUUUUUGAUUUUGUGCUGACGGGAUGCACCUUCAUCGUAUCCAGCGGAGGUAGCAAUGAUCGAUGGCUUCGUAGUCAUCUAUAGGUUCAUCCAAGACCUGAUUUUUUUUGUUACUGGUGGCGACGACGAGAAUGAGCUCAUCCUUGAGACAGUGCUUCAGGGAUUCACGGAUGCAGUUGGACUACUUCUCAGGUCAUUUUGCUUGAGACGCCACUCCUCCCCCUCAUUUCCUUCCAAAUCUCUUAACACGAUGUCCUUAAUGUGACGAUUUUCUAAUGUCUUAGAAAAUUUAUUGAUUUCAACGCCGUCCAUUGACUUUGUAGGAACAACGUUGAUAAGAAGACAGCUGUUGAGAACCUGGAUGUCAUUCUUCUUUGCCUCGACGAAAUUGUCGACGGAGGGUAAGAUCAUGGUCUCUUAUCUUUUACUAUUCGAUCAUUUUUGGUUCUUCACGCGUCGAUCCAGAUAUAUGAUGUUAGGCUCGUUCAUGAAUUAUUUCUAUUUUUUUUAGUAUGAGCAUCUCUUGCUGCCUUCUCUUCAGUUGUGGGGAAGUAUACCUUAUUUUAUCACUAGAAACUAACGUCAAAGUAGAAACAAUGUCUGUCUGUUUUCAGUCAACAGAUAUGCCUGGAAAUUUCUUAUCAUACAUUACAUAAAUGCAUAUAUAUAUAUAUCGAAUCUGAUUCCUGGAUCUGGGAUUCUCCCUCUAUUCUCAGGCAUCUGAUUCUCUCUCUCUCUCUCUCUCUUACCGGGCUCUCGACGACGUCUUCGAGAUGCUUAGAGAAAGAAUCUCUGAUUCCAUUGAAUAUGUCUCAAAAUGGAAAACUGUCGUACUUGGUUAAUAGGCACCAAAAAUAGCAUACACGAGAGGAAAAUCCCUGCUGGUUUUCUGCGAUUUUUUUAAUAAAAAAACUUAUUUUCUAUCAUUAAUUGGAAUUAACGUGCUUAUAAUUUUCAUCAGAAUCCCAGAUAUUAUAUGAUCUGUGUGAUGGAAUUUUCCAGGAUUAUAUUAGAGACUGAUGGAAGUGCCAUCGCUGAGAAAGUUUCAGGCAAUGCCUCGGAUGGUGGCUCAAUAUUAUCUGACCAGGUACACCAGAAACUAUGGUUCAUCUCCUGAUUCGGUGAAUUCAGCUCAGUAUCCUUCUUGCAGACUAUAACUCAAGCACUAGCGACGGCGAGGGAACAUCUAGCGAGGUCCCUGCUCAAAUAA